AUGGAACGAGUAAGGAAGACCUUUUUCGACCCGCUCGCAACAUCGAAAGUUAGGAUUCGAGAGAUCCUAGAUGAACUUCCAGUCGGCUCAGCACACCCUUUCAGCCCUGAGCGCCUCCUUCUUUGUCGGACAGAGGCCGGCGUUGAUGAAAUCGAUAUCUCCUCCUAUCCAGAUGACUUUUUCUUCAAUGCUGUGGACAUAGGCGAGAUGGGCGAGAUCCUUCUGAGGCGUAUGGCUGCCUUCCAGUCUCACCUAGGAAUAUUUGAAAACUUCCAAAUCCUGCAAGCGCCAGCCUCAACGUUCAAAGUCCCGAUAGUGUCUGAAGAAAUUAUAAUCCUGGCAGUUUCUGAAAGGACACCAACUUAUUACGAUUUCUGCGUCGCGGAUGCAUCAUACAACGCUUGCUGCUGGAUUGCAAAAGAUACCUUUCCAGGAAUUACCCAUAGCGGCGAUAUUACCAACGGACGGGAUCUCGCACAGUAUCUCAAGAUGAAAAGGGGGACUGCGACAGAGGAAGAACUCUGCGUGUUCAUAUCUGGCUACGAGUUGACGCCUAUAACAAAAUUCCUAGGAACACACCCUGCGUUGCUCGUUGCCGACCAUGUGGAUAAGGUCCUUUAUAUUGUCCCGGUGCCCUUGGAUGCAGCAACAAUUGGAGACGCAACUAUAUGUUGCCCACUGGUAAUCAAACGUGAUGCGGACUCACUGAUCUGUUCUGUUUUGCCAACAGCAACGACAGACAUAAAUAAAAGCUGCUACGGUAAAAGAUUGGAAAGCGAUUCCUUCCAGGAAGCGAUAGACCGCGCUGGUUUCAACAUCUCCACUACUUCUCUAACGGCCACACAAAAUAUAGCUACAAGAGGUGAUGCAACCGAAGAGAAAGCUACCUCGAGUUUGGAAAGCACGCCCAGGAUCACCAAAGAAAAUGCUGUGUUUGCGACCGAUCUUGCUGCGCUGCCUUCUUUCCUUGAUUUUAAAAAGACCCAAGUUAUACGUUUCGGGACUGGUAUUGAAUUCGAGCUACCAGGAGAACAGCUUCCCGUAAAGACUGAGCCAUCUACCGUUGUUUUGCCAUGCAUCUUUGGUUCCCAGCUUCAAGGCCCAUUCCUAUUGGCAACAGGAACAGUCCCUUCAAACGUUCCCUUUUUUGACGAAAUUGCCAUGCGGAACUAUUACAAGCAGCUCAAGAAUGUCGUGGUAAUUGUCGACGAUCGAAUGACAGAUAACGCCCGCAAUCUCGCAACUAUCUACAGAAUCAAUGCACUCUUCAUCGUGCAGCUUUGUUCGCAAACCAAGCCCAAGAAUACCGGCGACAUCAUGUCGCUGUUGGACUCAGCAAAUAUCAACGCGGUGACAGCACUCGCUGGGCCACAAUCCUUGGUUUUAAUUCAAAUCUCCGACAGGUAUUACUUCUACCGAGGCAUUGCUAAUCGGGCACACCUCAACACGUCCAAAAUCGAAUUUGGCACCGAUGUGACCUCCGUACUCGAAUCUGCCGGCAUGGAAUCCAUGCUCGAUCCCAGAAUUGAGCGUAUUAUUACCCUCGGCGAUGCAAUUCCGAUCAUCUUGCCCAAUUCAGGUCAGUUGGUCCAACCUCGACAUCUUCAGAACAUGUUCGAAGAACUUUCGGUCGACCAGCUCAAAGAGAUGGAAGAAGACAUCAUGUCAGCGGUUCCUCAACUCCAAAUGCUUUUGGACGAGAAGGACCUACGAGAACUCUCCAAAAGUUUGGUAUUUGCACUCUCAUCAAAGAUCAACAAUGCGACAGCUGCAUUGAGAAAGACCUACACCAACUAUAUAACCCAGGAGUACAAGAUCACAGAUGCAGAUUCCACUAAGAAGAAGAAUUAUAUGCUUGGAACAUUAAGAAAACUCACAAGGGAGAUACAGAUUGCGCUUGAGCCGCUCAUUUCAAGCUUGUCAAACAUAAUGUCUUGUCAGACGACUUCAAAGAGGACGCAUGAUUUGAAGAGACUUGUUCGCCAAACUCAGAUUCAGGCUAAUGUCGAUGCUGUCAAGUCAAUGAAUUUCGAUACUCUGGCCGGAUACCUUGAGACAUAUGCGGGGGAUAUGGGAGUCAUGCUAUUGAAUAUUGACACAUCAUCCUAUUCCCAGCUCUUGGGCGGUCUGAAAAACACUACCAUCGAUGCCAGUCCAUGCUGCGAUCUUGAUCCGAGAGUUCUACAUCUCGAGGGAUUCGACGCCGGAAUUAUUAUCGAGCAGUCACAGUCCAAGCACAACGGCCCACUCCAAAGUCAGGAUGGACCCUUCCACCCAAUCCUGGCGUUACCCUACCUAAGCCAAGAAUCAGGAACCGGAUCAAUGCUGGCUUGGGUCUGUUGGGACGAAUUCGUUAACCUCGAAAAUCCCUACAGCAUCAGAUGGAUGGAGAAGUGCAAUGAGCCUCACAUUGCCGCGCUAAGGAUCAUAAUGAGGUCCACUCUGAGCCAAGCAGUGUCUGCCAGGGAACAUCACAUUGGACCUAACAGCGUAGAAACUACCCAUCUCAUGAGCGCUUUGUUAAUGGCGGCUAUGUCGAAGCUCGCAGCUAUGAGAACAACUGCACCGGUUGUGACACAGCAGGCUGGGGAUACUGUCACCAGAUUAAUGCGAGGGCUCUUUGGCAAUCUGUUGACAAUAGCAGGUGCGGGAGUUCGUCCUCAUAGCAUGGUCUGGCAGUUGUUCGGUCUGAGCCCCCAAUACGACGUUCCCAAAACCGAUGUCGAGUGGAUUUGGUACGAAACUGUUGUCGCCUUGUAUCCUUACACCGGAUGGCCUCUAGAGCAGUUCCACAAAAAUCUAGAAAAGCUCCUCGACAAGGCGAUUGUCCGUGUGGUGACCAAGAAUGAAAAGGUGGAGUCGGUUAGAGCGAGCCGGACAGAUGAGAUGAUCAGAUUUUCCAAACUUCGGAACAUUCAGCUUCACCAUUCUCGGACGAUCAUUACCGCCUUUAUGCGAAUGCUUACAGUGGAAGGGUCCAACAUUGCUGCUAUAGCAACUCGUCUGCUAGAGCAGCUUCCACGGCAAUUAAAACGACAGAGUUCGGGCUAUACCCACACGAUCCAUUAUCUUGAUCACCUCUCGAAGGGAGGUGAACGACGCACCCACGACGACCUCAUUGCUGCCAGUACCUACACCUCGCGUUCAGCAGCCUUUGGCUCGCUCAAGACCCAAGUGUCUGAAGCGUGUAAGAACAAAGAAUGGGCCAAGAUGAAGCACUCCUGCCAGGCAAUUAUGGACAAACAUGCUGAGAUUGCUUCUCUCUGGCACGUCAGUGCUGAUAUCUUGAAGGUUCAAAAUAUACAGGUGUACAAGGAUCUCCUAGACGCAGAUUUUGGAGACGACAUUGACGAGGCUACCAAUACCAAGAAUCUCGAGCUGAUCAACAAGGCCCUUGGCGACGCAGAGAAACAGCGUCUUCCUUGGCAAGUUGGGAAGAAAGGCGAAUUUGGCAAUAAUAUCGAGCCUUUGGAUGAAGUAUUCCUUCACGAAAUCCUGACAGGAGACAAGCCAGAAUUCACCCCUGCCGUCGAGCCAGCCGAGAAAUUGGCAACAGAGACAACUGCCGUGAUUGAAAUCAAACCAGGAGAUGAAUUCGCACCAUUUAAAUCGUCUAUGCAGUCUAGCUUCAUCACUACGAUGCAGAAAGACCUUUCGGCCGAGAUUGUCUGCCGUAUGCUUGGUGUUCCUGUUACCGCAAUGCGCGUCUUUGCUAAAGCUCUUAAUCCGAAAUUCGUGUGGGAAGACUUGUGGAAGAACUAUAGGAGCACCAUUCUGGGGUUGUUGAAUGAUCGCUCCAAUCGGUUGGAGAGCUGUCCUACUAGCAAGCUAUUGGAGUUAGUGGGUGACAAGUCGAAGCUUCAAAUCGACGGGUAA